AUGGGUGUCGUUGUAUUUGGUAAAUCAAUAAAGCAUAAUUUUAGUGUUAAAGUAGGGUUGGCAAAAACUAUAUUUGGUAUAGGCUAUGAUACUGCUGAAAGAUUAAUGGCAAAAGUUAAAAUAUAUCCACAAUGUAAAAUGAAUCAAUUAACAGAACCUCAAAUUAUGGAUUUAAAUAGAGAAAUUUCACAAUUAUUAGUUGAAGGUCAUUUAAAACAAAAAAUUAAUAAUGAUAUAAAAUUGAAAAAAGACAUAGGUUCAAUUGCUGGUAUGAGACAUUACUAUGGAUUUCCUGUACGUGGUCAACGUACUUGUACUAAUGCUUCAACUGCAAGAAGAUUGAACAAGGUAAAUAGAUAUAGAUUAUAA